UACCGUGCAGUCCUUGGGACACGACCUCUGGCUUCCUGUCCUGCCUCCCGACGGGGGUUGACCGCGCGCGCACGACACACGCACGUAGCCUUUAGCGACAGUGGGAAGUUUGCACCGCGCGAAACCGCUUCCGCCGGUCGUCGCGAUUAAAACCGCGUGAUAAUCGGAAACCAAAGGAUUCAACGUUUACAUAGUGCGCGUUUACGAAUUUCUUGGUGUACAGUUUGGUUUUCUUUGGGGUUCCUUUAGUUCUUUACGCUCGACUAGGUCCACUCAAGCUUUCUCGCGUAGAGGAAGGUCAGGUCUCGUCGAGAGCACGCGGAACUAUCCCCCUGAUCUCUGAGCGACCGAGGGGUGGGUAUCUCGUUGGCUGCGGUAAUAUCACCCUGUCCGAGGGGAUAAUGGAUUGCUCGCGUGGCGAGGGGCGAUGGACAAUAGCCCCGAGACCAGAGGAGGCUUGACGUCCCCGUUUCGCUGCUCUACCGACGGACACCGUAGCUAUGUGGAUCGCGCGCGUGUCAAUCGCGCGGAAUCGAUCGUCGAAACUUUCCAACAAGUCGUAACGCACCGGGCCUAACCUGCCCCAAUAGGAGCGUAACGGGGAAGACGUUUAUCCCCUGAGUGAGUGUUGUGGACGCGUGUGUAGUGGAAUCGUUCGAGGAUCUCGGACCUGUGGACCAAGUGAAUCGGAAGUGAUCAGUGACUUUCGACCUGGAGGGUCGCCCGGUGAGAUUAACGAGCCGCUAAUUGGCCGAGGAGCGCCAGGAGUUCGUCAUUUGCGUGGUCGCCACCUGACUGUAUGGAAAUUAUGUAACUCAAGCAUUGCUACAUCCAGCGUCGACUUUUCCAGAACGUGGAAACGAUUCUCCGAGGAUACAGGUGACGACCUCUGAGGACCACGAAAAAAGAAGAAACAAGGUUGGCUCGGGAGGAAGAGGACAACGGGAAAAGCUGGACGAGAGCUGGUGGCGAGAGGGUGAGAGCGACCAGAAAGGGGAAAGAAACCCCCAGCGAUCGACAGAUGAGAGCUCGAGUCGCAGAAAGUGGUUUCGAGGGAGCCUGGGCCGAGUUAGCUCGGUGAAAAGAGGAGAGCAUCGGAAGCUCGAAGCUAGAGGAAGCUGCGGUGGAGAAAAAAAGUAGAGUCCACGUCGACGAGGGGUUGGCGGUGCCCUCGGAGAGAGACGAGGCUAGGGUGAAGGACACUGGUACCGGUUGGAAAGUGAGAAGCUGGAGGGACUCGUGUCGCUGACGCGACCAGGAGUGACGUGACGUGACGUGACGUGACAUCGAGGCGUCGAGAUGCCUCGGGAUGAGAUGGCCGCCUCCGUUCGCACGCUCCUGUCGCUUCUUCUCGUCCUUGGCGCUUCUGCACCGUGCCGCGGCAGGAUCACCAAUGAGGAAAUAGGGAAGACGACAUACGUGCAGGCAGUGGCAGGAGGAAUUGCUCAGUUACCGUGCGAAGUGGAACCGUCGGUCGCUAGAGACAAGCUACAUCUAGUUAUUUGGUACAAGGAGGAGGUAGACGCACCGAUAUACAGUUUCGACAUGAGGGGACGAAAUAAUAUCCUGGCACAAGGAAAACACUGGCAGGAUGAGAGCCUCAACAAACGUGCCUUCUGCAGAGUCGACGAGCACUCCGCGAAUCUCACCCUCCAGAACGUUCGUGAGACCGACGCCGCCGUUUACAGAUGCAGGGUCGAUUUCAAGCAGUCGCCGACCACGAACAGCAAAGUCAAUCUCACAGUGAUCAUACCCCCAGAGCAGCUCAGCAUAUUGGACGAAGAUGGAAAGACUCAUAUUCCCUACUACAAGCUUGGCCCUUACACCGAGGGUGCAUCUCUCAAUAUUACAUGCGUCGCUGCUGGUGGACGACCACCACCACGAGUAACGUGGUGGCAGGAGAAUUCACUUCUGGACAACGUCUACGAGUCGGUCGGUACGAAAAGGGUUCGCAACGUGCUGCGAUUGGAAAAGCUGACUCGCGAACACUUGCACGCGGUUUUCACCUGCCAGGCCUCGAACAGCAACAUGACGGUGCCUAUAUCCAGCGAUGUCACUUUGAAUAUGAACUUGAAGCCAUUGUGGGUCCGCAUGCGAGGAGCGAACCGUCCAUUUAGCGCUGGCACCACGUACGAAAUAGAUUGCGAAGUUGUUGGAGCCAGACCAACGCCAAAAAUUAUCUGGUCGAAGGGGAGCACCAUUCUGAGAAAUGCACGGCAGACGACGAGCCCCGACAACAACGUCACCACGAGCACUCUCACCUUCGUGCCGAGCAUCGAGGACGCUGGCAAGUUCCUCUCCUGCCGCGGCAGCGUGCCGGAUAUCCCGGAUUCCGAGAUGGAGGACGGAUGGAAGCUCGACAUACAGCACGAGCCAGUGGUAACCCUCGAGCUGGGCAGCAAUUUGAACCUCAGCGCGAUCCGCGAGGGCAUGGACGUCUACUUCGAGUGCAACAUCAAGUCCAACCCCUGGGUGUACAGGGUCUCCUGGCGGCAUAACGGCAAUCCUUUGUAUCAUAAUUCAUCAACUGGCACGGUAAUCAGCAACCAAAGCCUGGUGCUGCAAAGCGUGUCACGCAACAGAGCUGGGAUCUACACUUGCAUCGGCAGCAAUCAUGAAGGAGACGGGGAGAGCAACCCUCUCAAUCUGGACAUCAAAUUCACCCCAGUGUGCCAUCAGGGCCAGGUGAAGGCAUACGGCAUGGCCAGACAGGAAACGAUGAAGAUACCCUGUGAGCUCGAGGCGAAUCCUCCGGACGUAUCGUUCACCUGGAAAUUCAAUAACACAAUGGAAGCGAUUGAUAUACCGCAAUCGCAAGUCACCAGCGAACGUACGCGCUCGACGGUCUCUUACACACUGAUGACGGAAAUGGAUUACGGCACGCUUCUGUGUUGGGGCACCAACGAUCAGGGCACCCAGCUCGAACCCUGCGUUUACCACAUCGUGCCUGCUGAUCACCCAGACACGCCGCACAACUGCUCCCUUCUGAACCAAACGACGGACUCCCUGUACGUGGAGUGCACAGAGGGUUUCGACGGCGGUCUGCCGCAGAAGUUCACAAUGCAGGUGGAGCGCGAGCCAGGCACCAGCAGCAGCUCCUCGAAGCCGAGCAUGACGGCGUACAACCAGACCAGCAAAGUUCCGUCGUUCUCGGUGGGUAACCUCGAGCCAGGCACCACGUACGACGUUUACGUGUACGCUAGCAACAGCAAAGGCCGCAGCGAGACGGUCCACUUUCGCGCCACCACCUUGAACCUGCCCGAGAGACGCACAGCAGGUGAAAGGCUGUCGCAUCCCCGACCACCGGAGAAUUGUACGAUCAGGGAAGAAAGCAGGACAACGGUCAGGGUGAGCUGCGCCGAGAGCGAGUACACCGACUCGCGAACCGCCACCUAUGUGCUCCAGGUCUACGACGCGGACACCAGGCGUCUGCUCGCCUCCGCGACUAGCAUGACGCCUAGCAUGCUCGAGAUCACGAAUCUACCAGCUGAGAGGAGUUACUCCGGGCUGCUGCUCUCCCUCAGGAUCAUAACGGAGCACGCGAUGAGCGACGCCAUCGAACUCCACAGCCCGCACUUUGUUCAGGAGGGUAAGACACAGGAGCAUCAACGAUACCCAGCUCUCACCCCGGUGAUGCUUUCGUUGUCUGGACCACUGCUCGGCGCAGUGGUCGGCGCGACAGCGGGUCUCCUACUGGUGAUCUUCGUGAUAGUCCUCGCUGUGAGAUUACGCUAUCGACCGAGGCCCCAGGAGGACAAGGACUCUCACGACGACGGCGGCAUGGCGAACCUGGCCGCGUCCGGCACCGGCAGUUCCUCUCCACAUGAUAAAUCGUCGACCUUACCUCUCAACUCGGACAGCAUCGAGAGCUUCGAGAAGGACCCCGAUAUAAUUCCUCACGCUAAUGAAAAUUCUUACGCGGAACUGUGCAAGGGUACUUCACCGCGUUACGUUUUACACCAGCCACGAACGGACGCAAGUACUUUUACCAAUGUCAAUAACGGAUCAGAGCUAACGUAUGCCGAACUAACGCUCCGAAGCAACCGACGAAUACCGCCUAAUUGUUAUCAGUCAGUCCAAGUACCCAAUAUACAACGACCUCAACUGCUACCCAUGUCGACCCUAACGCGUAGGCAGCCAAUCCAGGAACCAACGAUUUACGCGCAAGUCGCCAGUCAUUCCAAGCCGAUUUACGUGCCACCCCCGCAUCCGUACAUGAGUCGUACCAACGACGAAACCACGGCAGAAACCCCAUUAAUCGGACACGACAAUAAGGUGACAACUAAUAUCACCACGAUCAGCCAAUCGGGCAGUUCGCUGUGGCGCACCGACACACCCCCGACCUCGAACGCGCCAACGACAUGAUUCUAAGAUCGCUCGAUCUCGAUCGACGCAACAUUUUGCUCUUAAACGUUUCUCGACGCACCC